UCUCUUGUAACUAGCUAAGACCACAAGGCUCUCACUACUCUCCCUUAAUUCUCAGACUAUUUCCUGUCUUUGCUUUCUAAUUGAGACAGCAAAACCGACACAUGGAAAACCCAGAAAAGAUCUCAAGCUUCAGAGGUGUGGCAUCUGAGAUCAAGCCUCAUGUCAACCCAUUUGACACAACCACCCACAUAGCCACCGCCCCAGCCAGCGGAAGCAAAAGAUAUUGGUUUCCAUGGGGGAGCUCUUCCCGUAUUUUCAGCUCCUUCAACGCGGCUCAAAGGUCCGUGAGUCGCGAUAGUAGCCAUUUCUGUGAUCUAGAGUUUGACGAUGAAGACGAAGAGGACCUUUAUCCGCAAGAGGAUGAGGACCUUUAUCCGCCAGAGGAUGAGGACUUCAGCCGCAGAAGUAUGUGUAUGGAAGACGGUCAUAUGCAGGAGAAGCUGAAUCGAGUUCCGUUUUCGGAGCUUCCACCUGUUAAAAGCAUAAGAGAGCAAACCCAGAAGCCAAAUAGGCCAAAAGAGUCAAGAUUAUCGGUCAUCCUGCUCGAUCAAGGCCUUUUCACAGUCUACAAGCAACUCUUUGUGAUUUGCUUGACCUUAAACAUCACUAUUUUGGUUCUCUCAGCCACCGGAAACUUCCAAUAUGCGACAAACAAAGCUGCUCUAUUUUCCAUCGGUAACAUUCUUGCUCUGACCUUAUGCCGUAGCGAGCUGUGUUUGAGGAUUGUUUUCUAUAUCGUGGUGAAGGUUUUCGGCCGGUCGUGGGUCCCAUUCUGCGUCAAGACAACCAUCGCGUCUCUCCUGCAGUCCCUUGGGGGGGUCCACAGCGCUUGCGGCAUCUCCUCCAUUGCCUGGAUCAUUUAUGCUUUAGUCCUCACUCUCAGAGACAGAGAAAACACUUCCCCUGAGAUCAUUGCAGUAGCAUCCGCCAUUCUCUCUCUCCUCUCUCUCUCUUCUCUGGCAGCAUUCCCUUUAUUCCGUCACCUCCACCACAACAUCUUCGAAAGGACCCACCGUUUUGCCGGGUGGACCGCUCUUGCCCUCAUUUGGGCCUUUAUCCUCCUAACAAUCUCUUACGACCCAAAAACCAAAACGUACAAGAGCAACCCUUUUUCAAGACUAAUAAGAGUUGAAGAAGUUUGGUUAACUACAGCAACCACAGUGCUCAUAAUCAUCCCAUGGGUUACAGUGAGACGAGUCAAGGUUAAUGUCUCUGCUCCCUCUAACCACACCUCGAUCAUCAAAUUCGAAGGCGGCGUAAGAGCUGGGCUGUUGGGCCGAAUCAGCCCAUCACCCUUAUCAGAAUGGCACGCAUUUGGAAUCAUUUCGGAUGGGAAAAAAGAGCACAUGAUAUUGGCUAGUGCUGUGGGUGACUUCACAAGGUCCUUGGUCUCGAACCCACCAAGUCACUUAUGGGUUCGAGCCGUUCAUUUUGCUGGACUUCCUUAUCUAUUGAACAUGUACGAUAAGGUUUUGGUGGUGGCUACUGGCUCGGGACUUUGCGUCUAUUUAUCGUUCCUAUUGCAGCCUUGUGCGGCUAAUAUUUACUUGCUUUGGGUGGCAAAAGGGAUUGAGCGAAAUUUCGGAAAGGAGGUCGAAGAGUGGGUAGGUGGGUAUCCGAAAGAGAAGGUGAUUAUUCAUGACACCGCGGUGCAUGGACGCCCCAACGUCUCGAAAAUGAGCGUCGAUGCUGCGAGAAAUUGGGGAGUUGAGCUGGUGGUCGUUACAAGUAAUCCAGAAGGAAGUAGGGAUGUUGUCAAUGCAUGCAAAGCUGCUGGAAUUUGCGCAUUUGGCCCCAUUUGGGACUCUUGAAUCUAUAUAUAAUCGAUUAACUUCUUCGGUUCAAAAAUAAUUUGCUUUGGUUGUCACUUGUUAUUGUGUGUUUGUCGUAUGAUGAUUUUAUUUUCUCAUUGUUGUUGAUGCAGCAUAGAAACGUGUACCAGACUAUACUUACCCAAAAAAAAACAAGUGUACCAGCCAA